UACUGUGUUACGCCGAUAUCACCAAAAUGUGAAAAACAAUUAGUGGAAGUCAGUGAAUGCCAACGUGCUGGCUACUAACAGGCACUGAAAAACUGUUGGGAGAGCCCCAUGCAGUGAGCCCCAUGCAGUGAGCACCUAAAAACAGGAAUGGAAUUCAAAACAGAAACUUUACAUUUGCACACGGAGUACAAGAAAGGUUUCAGGCUUGGCCCAGCAUAAGUGUAUAGAAGUGACAACAUUUUUUAGUCGUUAAACUGUACUCAACAAGAACAAUUAUACGUAUACAUACCCAAUAUCAAGCAACUGCGGUCGUAAAAGAGCAAUCUCGAGUGAGUAAGUACACCUGACAAUGAGUAAGUGAGCAUGAAUCUCCACAUCGUCAGUGUACUAGCAGUGCUGGUGGUAUGCUAUAUUGGAAAUUCUGUAUCACAUCAUGUGUACAUUGUGGUACCAGAUGGAGCAUUACACCUGUGCCCAAAUGUGACAAAUCGUUCGUCAUGCCUAACAACACAGCAGCUUGGGAACAUAAGCCAAGACGAGAAUAUCAGCCUAAUCUUCUCUCAAGGCAAGCACUGGCUAUCUCAGAGGUAUACGUUUCUCAAUAUAAGUUUCAUGAACAUAACUGGUGACAAUAAAUCAACUAUCAGUUGCCAAGCAGAGAGCGGUUUCAGUUUUGAAAAUAUUGGACAUCUAGUGAUAGAAAAUUUGGAGUUGAAAGGGUGCACUCAAAGCCUGUCAAACGGCAGGACUGUGUCCAUUAGCAAUGUUGACACGGUUGAAAUUAAACACAGCAAUUUUUAUGACAACACAUGUUUCAUAAAUGGGUGUGCUCUACAGAUAGAGAAUUCAGACUAUGUCCUAAUCAACAAAUGCAUGUUUUACAAUAAUACAGCAGGAUGUUUGUCAUGUGAAGGUGGUGCUCUGUACGUUGUUAACACCAGCACUGUGGUGAUUAAUCAGAGUAGUUUCGAAAAAAAUACAGCAACAUCUGAUGCAGGAGCAAUCUCAAUUCAAGAGUCGCACGCCACUAUUUCAAACUCGCAUUUUUUUUUAAACAGUGCUGUGAGUACUGAAAACAGUUCAGGAGGAGCUAUCUAUUCUCACACAUCAAACUUGAAUAUUUUUCGGAGUAUUUUUGUUGGCAACAUAGCUAUAUAUGGCGGGGCUCUCUCUGCUCUAGACAGCAAUGUUACAAUAAUACAAAGUACCUAUAUGUACAAUAGAGGUGCUUUCGGAGGGGCUCUCUCUGCUUUAGACAGCAAUGUUAUGAUAUUACAAAGUACCUAUAUGAACAAUGGAGGUGCUUUCGGAGGGGCUCUCUCUGCUCUAGACAGCAAUGUUACGAUAAUACAAACUACCUAUACGAACAAUAGAGGUGGUUUCGGAGGAGCCAUUUACAUCCAUAGCGGAUAUGCCUACAUUGAGCAGGGUCAUCACAGCGAUAAUAUUGCUCAAAUAUAUGGUGGUGUAAUUUUUGCGAAUAACAGUAUGGUCAUCAGCAAUAGCAGUUCCUACACGAGAAAUAGUGGGGAAAUUGCUGGUGGAGUCAUUGGUGCUCAACAAAACACAAUAAUUUCAGAAACAGAAAGUACGCACAAUCGGAAUACGGCUCCAAUAGGUGGUGUGAUAUUUGCUGAUACCAUAGCGUUGCUUGAAAGUGAAAGUUGUGUUUACUCUAACAAUAGUGCGAAAACUGCUGGAGCUAUACUCACAUUGGCCACAACAGUCAGACUCAACAAAUGCAUUUUUAAAAACAACAUUGCAACUUUGCUAAACGAGGAGCCAGUAACCAACACAAUGAACAGUUUUAUUGGAUUGAGAGCAGUCACUGGAGGGGCUAUAAUAGUGGUAGAGAGUUGUCUAUCAAGCUCUGGUACAGUCUAUACUGGAAAUAAAGCAACACAUUUUGGUGGAGCAAUAUAUGCUUUAGAGAGUACAACCAACUUUGAGGGUGAUACCUUCAGUUUCAAUGAAGCAGAAGAAGGAGCAGCUGUUUAUGCUACGGCAAAUCAAACUACUACUAGCAACUCAACUUUCACCUCAAACCAAGCAUUCACAAAUGGUGUAUUGUUCGCACUUAGUGUAGACGUACACAUCAAAGGCAAGUUCAUUAUGCAAGACAACAAUGGCUCAAUCAGCACAUUCGAUAGCUAUGUUUUCUUUCAACAGGAAUCUCUGCUUGUAAGAAACAAAGGUACAUCAGGAGGAGCUAUUAACAGCAUACAAAGUAUAAUUGAAUUUGAGGAAACAUCGGCUAUAACAAUACAGCACAACACUGCCAUACUAGGAGGUGGCAUCUCGUUGAUAGAAAGCAGCCUUAUAAUGAGGAGCUCAAAUGUUGUGAUUGAGAAUAACAAGGCUACUGAUAACGGUGGUGGAAUAUAUGCAAUACAGAGUCAGAUUGAGGUUAGACCAGCAGGACGGAAUGACACCAUUAUCGUAGCUAGCAACAUAGCUGAUCUAAAUGGAGGGGGAUUUUAUGCUAUAGCAUCACAAACGAAACAGUUUCGAGGACAUUUAUUGGUGGAAAACAACCAUGCGAGUGGACAAGGUGGAGCAUUCUAUCUCAGUAGUAACUCAAAAAUUUACAUCAAUAAAAUAGAUGAAGACACGAAUGUGACAGGAAAACAUACGAUUUUAACAAUAGUAAACAAUAACGCUGCUAUUGGAGGAGCUGUAUACACAGAAGACACCACAAACACUGGUUCCCUAUGCAGAAGAGUUAACUCUGUCUAUCAACAGCCAAUUGUAACUGAACAGUGCUUCCUACAGAUCAUACAGCUCUAUAUUAACUUCCCUUUCGCAGCUCCUGAAACAGCUUUCAACCUUACGACAACCUCUACACAAAAUGUAACGAAUGUACAUGAAACAACUACGUACAGCAAUGUUGUAUUCGCAAAUAACACUGCUACAGACAAAGGGAAUGCAAUCUAUGGUGGUUUGCUUGACAGAUGCACUUUGAACCCAUUCUCUGAAUUAACAAGUAACAUAGAUAACAUAAGCUCGUAUAAUGGAUUUGACUACUUAAAACUUAUGGUGGAAUUUGAAGGCCUAGCAGACUAUGAGAGGCUGACAAUGGAAGACUACCCUUUUAACAUCAUCCGAAACAUAUCAAAGUCACGAGCUUCUAACUUGAUAACAUCAGACGCAGUUCGAGUAUGCUUUUGUACACAUAGUGGUAUUGUUGACUGUGCUUAUAGUCCCCCCAUCAUCUCAAUAAAGAAAGGCGAAACAUUCAAAAUCAGUUUAGUAGCAGUUGAUCAAUUGGAAAACCCAACUAGAGCAAAACUGAUUAGUACAGCUCAAUCUGCGAGUGGCGUACAACGUCUAAAAGAGGGUCAAGGAAAUCAAUUUCUUAAUGAUCACUGCACUGAAAUUCAAUACAAUGUGUUUGCAUCAGACAACACAGCACAAGUACAACUGUACACCAACGGACCUUGUGGCAAUCUAGGAAUAUCAGCCAGAACAUUAAACAUAAAUUUCAUCACAUGCACUUGCCCAGUCGGCUUUAUCCCUGUUCCUUCAGAUAUAGAGUGCAUUUGCCAAUGUCACAACCAACUCAUGAGUCAUGUGGAUGUGACAAAAUGCAAAGCUGAAAAUCAUACUGUGAGGCUCUUAGAUAACGUCUGGAUUGGAUUGACAGACAAUGAGAGUGACUUUAUAGUUCACCAAUGUCCGUUCAACUAUUGCGUUCGUAAACCACUCACACUCGGCCUUGACGAAUUGAGGAUCGACGAACAGUGUGCCAACAAUAGAACAGGAAAUUUGUGUGGUCGUUGUCAAAGUGGACUGAGUCUGGUACUUGGUUCAUCACGCUGCGUAAAAUGUUCAAGUUUCACGCUAUUCCUACUGAUCCCGUUUGCACUGGCAGGAAUAGUAUUAGUUGUUCUAAUCCUCCUCUUAAACAUGACUGUAGCUACUGGUACCAUUAAUGGCCUAAUCUUUUACGCUAACAUCUUAGGCGCAAAUCAUGCAAUUUUCUUAACAGGAAAUUCUUUCACUGUAUUCAUAGCCUGGGUGAAUCUUGAUCUGGGAAUUGAGACCUGUUUCUACCAUGGAAUGGAUGCCUACGGGAAACUCCUCCUACAGUUAGUAUUUCCAGCAUAUCUCAUCUUUCUGACAGCAGUAAUCAUUACUGCGUCAAAAUAUUCUAACAGAUUAUCAGCAAUGCUUGGAAAGAGGAAUCCAAUUGCCACACUUUCGACACUUAUUCUUUUAUCAUACUCUAAGCUCUUGCGUACAACGAUAGAAGCUCUUCAGCAUACAACCCUCAAACUUUCUGAAACCCCUACUAGUGUUUGGCUCAUUGAUGCCACUGUGGCAUACCUGAGUCCCACGCACAUUCCUAGGUUCAUAAUCGCUAUACUGAUCAUCUUAGUAGGAUCCACUUACACAGUUCUACUUUUGUUUGGACAAUGUUUCCAUUUAUGUUCAAAGAAGGCACCGAUGAAGUGGGUUCGAAAUCCAAAGUACAAUGCCUUUAUUGAUGCCUACCAUGCCUCGCUUACUCCUAAGAACAGAUAUUGGGUAGGCUUACUACUAUUGCUGAGGAUAUUUCAUUACAUGCUUUCAGCAUUUGCCACACAACCACAAACAAUUUUAUCUGUUGGGUGCGUUGCCUUUUUUAUCAUUUUGUUGAAACUAUUGAACACAAAAACCUACAAGGUGUGGUUAAUAGACACGCUUGAAACUUCAUUUAUAAUUAAUCUAGGACUUCUGACAAUAUCAACGUACUUCAUCAUGCUAACAAAUGGAGAGCAAGAAACAGUGACAGACAUUUCCGUAGCCAUAGCGUUCGUGACAUUCUUCUUUAUAACCUGCUAUCAUACCUACGAGUACAUUCUAAAGAGCACCACAUGUUUCCAAAGAUUGACUACAGACAGCAAAGUUUUUAAGGCAGCAAGUAAAUACAUCAAGAGGUUAACAACACAAAAGAGCAGUAAGAAUGUACAGCCACCAGGACACGGCUACAGAGAUUCAAUAAUUGAGAUAGACUCAGUUGUGCAUAUUAAUUCCUCUGAGAUAGACUCAGUUGUGCAUACUAAUUCCUCAUUAGCACCUCCUGUGUCAGAAACAACUUUCACGGUUAUCGAAACACCUAAGUGACAAUUUCCACCCAACAGAGUGACAGAAGAUUCACAUGCGUAGCAUAAAACACUAUCUUUAGAGCACAUUAGUUUAUAUUUUGUCAAUGAAAAGCUGCUAGCCACAAACAUUCCCCACUUUAUUUUGAUUGUCAAUUGUACUUUGCUACACACAUAAUUUAUAGUGCUAUA